ACACUUAAUACAGUCGGAAGUUGCUUCCCCACUAAUGUUUACAACAUGGAGAACUAUUAAAGGAAAGCCAUUGUGGUCUUAGAAUGCAGCUUGCUCUUAGAGACUUCAAGCACACCAUGGAAGCUACAAUGCAUAGAUUCCUCACUUUAUAUCCGGGGAGCCACAAUUCCAGCUGAGAUCUUGAACAAACGCCAUUAAAUACUAGUUUGAUUGCAUAAAGAUGAAAAGAUGUCUGCAAGGAUACAAAAUUCAAGAACCUGUGGACGCAGUACUCGUGCAGAUGGAAGGAUAACUUAUAGUAGCAGACUAUAGCUAGCCAAAAUGAAGGAUCGGCUUCAAGAACUUAAACAACGGGCAAGAGAGGCUGAACUUAAGACAGGCAAUGAAGGUGAAGAAAGCAAGCAAACUGAAGAGAGUAUUUACUUUAAACAACAAGCCAUUAUUUUUGAAAAAGAGCCAAUCAUGGAGAAUUUCUUACUAGGUGCACAGAAAAUUCAAGAUGAAAUCAAUGAACUAAAUAAUGAUAUAAAGAAACUGAGUCAACAGAGCACCACCAUGGUUUCCACACGUCGGUUCAGCAUUAUUAAAAAGGACAGUUCCAACCUCAUUAAAGAAAUCAAACUCCAAGCCGAGUCCAUUCACAAACAUUUAGAUACAUUAUCAAAGGAUGCACAACAAUCAGAGGCUGACGCUGGAGAGGAUGCAAUUAUUUCAAGAAUGAAGAGGACACAAUAUUUAAUGCUGUUGAAGCAGUAUCAGACAGGCAUGUCAGACUUUAAUACUGUUCUAAACAAAAAACAAGAAAAUUGCAAAAAUUUCAUUCAACGCCAGCUUGAAGUUGUUGGAAAGGAAGUAUCAGAAGAGGAGCUGAACAACAUGGUGGAGCAUGACAAAUGGUACGUUUUCAACGAGAACUUUCUCAGUGAUGUCAAAAUUACUAAAGGUCAUCUGUCUGAAAUUGAGAAUCGCCACAAGGAAUUAAUCAACCUUGAAAAUCAAAUCAAAGAGCUACAAGAUCUUUUUGUGCAAAUUUCACUUUUGGUGCAUGAGCAAGGGGACUUCCUGAACAACAUUGAAAGGGCAGUGUUGAACACAAAAGAAUACACAGAAAAAGGCAGGGAUGAAAUCAAGCUAGCAGUAAAAUUAACAAAGAAAAAUCUAUGCAGGAAGUUGUGCUGUUGGUGUUUCCCUUGUUGUGCAUGAUAUUAUAUAACUAGACGUUAUGUAUGGGAACCGUGUCACUUUCAGCAAUAACUACCAAAUAUUUAUCACUAUAAAAUUAAGAUUCACCUACAAACAUAUUAGGUUUGAGAAAGCUGUGGAUGGACUGCAAAACCUGUCACUCCAAGAAAUAAAUGAAGUUGCCACCAG